GUAUAUCGUUUCUGUGUAAAAAGAACAAAAAAAUGCAGUAAACCUGCUCAAAUCUACUGACGUUUUACAUAAUGAGCACAGUUUAUUUUUAGCGGCCCUGUCUGAACUCCCCUACAAAGUCGAUUCGUCCACUGUACCUUACACGGUGAUCUGCUUUGGAGCGUUUGUCGAGGUGAAGUGGUUUACCCGAACACCAAGGAAAAUCAAGCUAGAAAUUGUAUGUUUCUGGCUUGAAUUUUCGUUUCUUUCACCAAUAUUUCAUUUUGGGAUAUAUUUGGGGUCAAGGGUCCAUUCACAGGAUAAUUUUACAUGAAGUGAGGGUGAUUUUUCGUGAAAUUUAUACUUAAACAUUCGGUGCAAUGGAAUAUGCACAUACAAAAUCGUGUGAGGAAGUGUUAGAAUACUUCAAUGUUGAAACGGACGGUCUAUCGGAGGAACAAGUUAAAACAAAUACAGAGAAAUACGGUCCGAAUGAACUACCGACAGAAGAGGGUAAACCACUAUGGGAACUGAUCCUAGAACAGUUCGACGAUCUAUUAGUGAAGAUUCUGUUGCUAGCAGCUAUAAUCUCAUUUGUAUUAGCUUGGUUUGAGGAGAGUGAAGAACAAGUGACAGCCUUUGUAGAGCCAUUUGUAAUUCUGACGAUUUUAAUAUGUAACGCCGUUGUAGGAGUAUGGCAGGAAAAAAAUGCAGAGGAUGCUAUUGAAGCGCUGAAAGAGUAUGAACCAGAAAUCGCAAAAGUGGUGCGUAAGGGACAAAGAGGAGUACAGAAGAUCCGCGCCAGUUUGUUGGUCCCUGGAGACAUUGUCGAGAUCUCCGUUGGAGACAAAAUUCCAGCAGAUAUUCGUAUCCUCCACAUUUAUUCCACAACACUUAGGAUAGACCAGUCCAUUCUUACAGGAGAGAGUGUGAGCGUGAUCAAACACACCGAUCCCAUCCCCGACCCUCGGGCUGUCAACCAGGACAAGAAAAACAUCCUCUUCUCUGGAACAAACAUCUCAGCAGGAAAAUGCAAGGGAAUCGCUUUCGGAACCGGCCUGAAUACUGCUAUUGGCAAGAUCCGAGACGAGAUGAUGGAGACAGAGACCGAGAAGACACCUCUUCAACAGAAACUGGACGAGUUCGGAACUCAACUUUCUAAGGUUAUCACUAUCAUCUGUAUCUGCGUAUGGGCCAUCAACAUCGGUCAUUUCAACGAUCCCGCCCACGGAGGAUCAUGGAUGAAGGGCGCCAUCUACUACUUCAAGAUUGCUGUGGCUCUGGCUGUGGCUGCCAUUCCUGAGGGUCUGCCUGCUGUCAUCACAACCUGUCUGGCUCUCGGUACCAGAAGGAUGGCUAAGAAGAAUGCCAUUGUCAGGAGUCUGCCGUCCGUUGAGACCCUUGGCUGUACCUCAGUCAUCUGCUCUGAUAAGACUGGCACACUGACCACCAACCAGAUGUCUGUUUGCAAGAUGUUUGUGUUUAACAAAGUUGAGGGUGCUGACAUUCAAACCCAGCAGUUCGAGAUCACCGGCUCUACUUAUGCCCCAGAGGGAGAUGUUUACUUGGGUGGUAAGAAGGUGAAGACAUGCGACUACGAUGGUCUAGAGGAGAUGGCCACCAUCUGUGCGAUGUGCAAUGACUCCAGCGUAGAUUACAAUGAUACCAAGGGAGUGUAUGAGAAGGUUGGUGAGGCCACAGAGACUGCCCUGACUGUUCUGUGUGAGAAGAUGAACUUCUUCAACACCGGUAGAUCUGGCUUGAAUCUGAGGGAGCAGGGUACUGUCUGUAACCAUGUCAUCCAGCAGAUGUGGUCUAAAGAGUUCACACUGGAGUUCUCCCGCGACCGGAAGUCCAUGAGUGUCUACUGCACACCAAACAAACCCAGCAAAAUCCCCGGUGGUACCAAGAUGUUUGCCAAGGGUGCCCCUGAGGGUCUUCUAGAUAGAUGUACACAUGUGCGUGUUGGAAAGGACAAGGUCCCCAUGUCGCCUGCCAUCAAGAACGAAAUCUUGAAAUACACCAAGGCCUAUGGAACUGGACGUGAUACGCUGCGUUGUCUUGCCCUGGCCACCAUUGAUGCUCCUCCACGCCGCGAGGACAUGGACCUGGAAGAUUCCCGCAAGUUCAUCCAGUAUGAGACCAAUAUGACAUUCGUAGGAGUCGUAGGAAUGUUGGACCCCCCACGUAUGGAAGUGUUCGACUCCAUCAAGAACUGCCGCAAGGCUGGAAUCCGUGUCAUUGUCAUCACCGGCGACAACAAGGCCACAGCUGAGGCUAUCUGUCGUAGGAUCGGUGUGUUCGGCGAAAACGAGUCUACAGAAGGCAUGUCCUUCACUGGCCGCGAGUUUGAUGACCUGUCACAUGAAGAGCAGCGAUUGGCGGUAACAAAGAGUCGUCUGUUUGCCCGUGUAGAGCCUGCUCACAAGAGUAAGAUCGUAGAGUACCUGCAAGGAGAAGGAGAAAUCUCGGCCAUGACAGGAGAUGGAGUAAACGACGCCCCUGCUCUGAAGAAAGCCGAAAUUGGUAUCGCCAUGGGAUCUGGAACUGCUGUGGCCAAGUCUGCCUCUGAGAUGGUGUUGGCUGAUGACAACUUCGCAACAAUUGUGUCCGCUGUGGAAGAGGGCCGCGCCAUCUACAACAACAUGAAACAAUUCAUCAGAUAUCUCAUCUCCUCCAACAUUGGAGAGGUCGUAUGUAUCUUCUUGACUGCUGCUCUUGGCAUCCCUGAGGCUCUCAUCCCCGUACAGCUUCUGUGGGUGAACUUGGUAACUGAUGGUCUUCCAGCCACUGCCCUCGGCUUCAACCCCCCAGAUAUGGACAUCAUGAAGAAACCUCCCAGGAAUGCAAAGGAAGGUCUCAUCACCGGCUGGUUGUUCUUCAGAUAUAUGGCUAUUGGAGGCUACGUUGGAUGUGCGACUGUUGGUGCUGCCGCCUGGUGGUUCAUGGUCUAUGACAAAGGGCCCCAACUCAACUACUACCAGCUGACUCAUCACAUGCAGUGUCUAGCUGAGCCUAAGAUGUUCCCUGGAAUUGACUGUAAGAUCUUCGGUGCUCCAGAGCCGAUGACCAUGGCUCUCUCUGUACUUGUCACCAUUGAAAUGCUUAAUGCUCUCAACAGCUUGUCUGAGAACCAGUCCCUGCUGGUGAUGCCCCCUUGGUGUAACAAGUGGCUGUUAGGAGCCAUGGCUCUGUCUAUGGGACUCCACUUUUGCAUCCUCUACAUUGACGUCAUGUCGACCAUCUUCCAAAUCACGCCUCUUGGAUUUGAAGAAUGGUUCGCCGUACUCAAGAUCUCAAUGCCUGUGAUACUUAUAGACGAAACAUUGAAGUUCUGUGCUCGCAAAUUCACUGACGUACAACCUGCUGGACUCGAGACACACAAGAAACAUCGGUAAGGGAAGGACGCUGGUGAUCCCGACUCGUGUGAAUUAGUGAUUUUAACCAAUCAGUGUGGAUGCUAUAGGACCAUUCGGCUUCAUCUCAGUGGAAUACAAACAGUUGACGAUGAUUGCCUUAUAUGGUCGUGUGUACUAGUUCCUUCAACCUGAACUACCAGAGUGGAUGUUAUAUAUUUAGAUAGAAGCUUUCAGCGUCUACCAACCCAGGAAGCACAUAAGAAGCUCAUGUGUGAUUGUCCCUCACUUUGCUCCAAAUUUUACUCCUUACCCAAAAUUCUCCAGGAAUGAGGAAAUUCAAAAUAGGUGAAUUAUCAAUCUUCAAAACAACUCCGUUUAGCAAAAAUGACUGUAACCCGCCGGAAGUGUGGUACCGGAAACGAUUCCUCGUGUGACGUAUUGUACCAGAUACCCGGACUAUUUUUACGUGUAUAUUUAUGCAAAUGUAAGCUAAUUUAUGACAAGUCAUCGAAUUAUUUAUGUCAGUGGUGAAAAACGUAUAAUUGUGGCAUUUUCUAAAGAAUAUUAGUUCCAUGAAUAUUGUAGAUAUUUAUUUCUGUGAUUGGACUCUUAUGCACCUCUGACCUUUGACCUCUUCAAUGAUAAACAGGGAAAAGGGGACACAACUCGUUUAUUCUUCAUGUGAUGUUUCAAAAGAGUUACAAUAUAUAAACACUGUAUGCCUUUAUUUUUAUUGAAAAUAUAGAAAUUAUCAAUUAAAUUCCAUGAAAAUGACACAAGAUCCUAAUUAGACCGUAUGUGGUCGACCAAAGUUCUUAUUUUGAAAAGGCAUAACCCAGUUAACGAUGUCAAGGGUCAUCAGGCUAGGAUUGAAAACAGUUCGAAGGGGUCAAAGGUCAUAUAUUGUCACCAAUAUUUCCUCAAAUACUAAUAUCGGGAAGUUUUUUCGUUAAGUGAACGGUCAAACUAUGUGUAUUAAGAUCAUUAGACCAUACAUUGUGUAUCUUUAUGCAAGUCUGUAGUGAAACUUAGGUGUUUGUGUGUAUUGACAUGUGUUUUGAAUUCAGAAUUAUCUAGAGGAAAAUAUCAGAUAGUCAUAUUCCACCAAACGUUUUCAAUUGAUGUCCCAUAUAUAUGAUAGGUUCAAGCGUUUUAAAACUUGAUGACCAUGCAGAGAGCAGUGAAGGAAAACAAUCAAACAUUUCAAGUUUUCAUAUAUCAUUUCAUUCGUUUUACAUAGUUUUCAUAUGUGAUUUGUGAAAAAAAAUUGGAGACCCCAAACCCCAUUUUACCUCUUUCCUGCCAAUUCUUCGGGUAGAAUGUGUUCCACCAUUGACUGUCAGCUCAUACUCGACCAGGUAUACAGCGUCAGUAGGAAGCCAUAUGUAUUUGAUAUCCUAGGCGUAGUGAGAAAUAGCUGUAGUAUAGGAUUAUCGCUGAGAGAUUUAUGUGUCUUACCAAUAAUCAUAGAUAUCGCUAAGACAUAUUUUAUGUGUCUUACCAAUAAUCAUAGGUAUCGUUAAGACAUAUUUUAUGUGUCUUACCAAUAAUCAUAGGUAUCGCUAAAGACAUUUAUGUGUCUUACCAAUAACCAUAGGUAUCGCUAAGACAUUUAUGUGUCUUACCAAUAAUCAUAGGUAUCGCUAAGACAUUUCUAGAAAUAGGCUUCAUAGCAGUAGACUUACUAGAAGUAGUGAUUCAAUCUCUGGGUUCUGUAAAUUGAAGCAUGUAUGUGCUGAAAUCUACACGGCUGAGUGGUAACUGUUACUCUGUCAUCGCUGGUUACACGUGUCGAUACUUACUGGAUGACGUCACCCAGUGAUAGGUACUGCUAUGGCAACUGAGUGCUGAAAUUUACCAAAGAAUUUUACCGACGAACAUUACAAGGUAUCCAGAGACAAGAAGAAAUUAACAAAAACAAAACUAAAACUGUGGUCAUUCACAUCUCAGUGACGUCAUCGGCACUAUUUCAGUGGGUGUUUAAUCGUACUGUCAGAAAAAGAGUGCACCAACAAUACUUUUGUAUGUAGCUUUGUGACGUACCUUUCGUCCAAUGAUUUGACGCCAUUGUGGUCACGUGGUGUGAUAUCAUAUGUACAUAUCAUUUCCAUGCGUCUUGUUAUUUGUUGUCCCUCUACUCGUUGAAAUGGCAGCAUAUCUGUAGUAACUGCCGGAUUUGUAAAUUUCCUAUAGAAAUAAAGAUUAUUUUGUUUGUAAA